AUGUCGCCUGCCAAAGUGGUCUCAAACUCCCCUACCACCCUACAGGCCUUCCCUCACGUUCAUGAUGACCCUGCCACACUACCUCGUUCUCUAGACCCCUUUACUGUCACUACCUCCACUGGGUUCCUACCUUACCUCACCUCCCCAACUACCCUCCCAGAUGUCUUCAAGCCUUUGAUGUCACUGCUUGCUCGCCUCCCUGUCGUCAGAGAGGAUGGUACUCCUGGUCUCCUGGCUACUUAUGAGCUAGGCCCAGCUGUAUUGGAGGAACUCCCUGACUUGACUGAUGAGGUUGACAAGCUGGUCACCGCGGAUGGAGCGUUAGACCUCUACACCAUCAUGGCUGUCUUUCGUGACUAUUCCUUCCUGGCCUCAUCCUACCUACUUGAACCCUGCUGGAAGAACUGGUGCACAGAUCCCGAAAAUGGGUACGGUUUGGGUCGCGAGGUGUUGCCCAAGGCUGUUGCUAGACCUUUGUAUCGCUGUGGACAGAUUCUGGAUAUCCCUCCUUUCAUGUCUUAUGCUGCCUCAUAUGCUCUGUUCAACUAUACCCUUGAUGACCCGUCCAAGGGCAUGGUCUAUUCCAACCUUCGUCUAGUCCGAGCAUUCGAGCGUGGUCUCGACCCUCGCAGCUCGGAAGCGGGAUUUAUCCUGACUCACAUUGACAUGGUGAAAGACACCUCUGGUCUGAUCAGCGGUGCUCUUCAAGUUAUAGACACCCUUGAACAAGGUGGCUCUCGAUCAGCUGUUAACAAUGGGUUCCGGGAUAUCCUAGCCUCUAUGGAGAAGAUUGAAGCCGGCAUGGAAGAUAUGUGGGCCAACUCCAAACCAUCCGAGUAUCUCCAAUUCCGUGUUUUCAUCUUCGGCAUCACUUCCCAAUCCAUGUUCCCCAACGGCGUCGUAUAUGAGGGCGCUGAGGACAACAACCCUCUGUUCUUCCGUGGCGAGAGUGGUGCCAAUGACAGCAUAAUCCCACUCUUGGAUCAUCUUUUGCAGAUUCCCAUGCCCAAGACACCACUCACGGAGAUCCUUCACGAAUUCCGCGCCUACAGACCUCUCCCGCAUAGGACUUUCCUUGCUCACGUCCGUACCAAGGCGGAGGAGGUAGGUGUCCGUGACUUCUCCCUCCAAGAUACCGAAACUGCUAUCCUGUUUCUACGCACAUUGAACCAUGUGCGAAGCUUCAGGUGGAGGCACUGGCUGUUCGCGAGGGAGUACAUCAUCCGUCGGACUCCCCACCCAACUGCCACUGGAGGCAGCCCGAUUGUUACUUGGCUUCCAAACCAGCUCUCCGCAGUCAUGGAGAUGAUGGUCUCUGUCUACGACAGCGUACUUGCGCCACACAAGGUCCAGGGUACCGCAGGGUACGAUGGUUCCUGCCAGAAGCUAGUUGAGCCUAUGAUGGAGGUCGUGAGGGAUCAGAAGGUGAAAUUGGCAAAAGAGGUUGAAAAAUGGUGCAAGGAACGAGGCGUGUAG